GGUGCGCGCGCGUUGUUUGAUUGUGACGCGCGGUGUUUGGGGGCCGGGUGAAGAGAAGAUGGCGGCUGCGGUGAGCGCUAGCAGCGGCAGUAGUGACACUUCAAGUACCGGUGAGGAGGAAAGGAUGAAGCGCCUCUUUCAGACUUGUGAUGGGGAUGGUGACGGCUACAUCAGCAGGAAUGACUUGCUUAUGGUAUGUCGGCAACUAAACAUGGAGGAAUCUGUAGCAGAGAUUAUGCAUCAGUUGGGAGCAGAUGAGAAUGGGAAAAUCUCCUUUGAGGAUUUUGCACGCUGCCGUAUGCAGUUGGUAUCUGAAAUAAGAAAGGAAGAAGGUGAACUCUCAGUGAAGUCACAUGAAUCUUGCAAAAUAAGAAAAUUGCGUGAUCGCAUAGCUUCAUGGCCAACUAGCAGUGAUAACAGCCUUGGUGCCAUGUCAGGGGCCAGGGAGAGCUGGGAGUAUGAUUCUGGAGCUCGAGACCUUCAGAGUCCCGAACUACAUAAUAGUCAUCCAGUGCUUCAGAAACUGUUAGAGUGUGGAGCUGCUAGCCUGGAUCAGCAAGUCGCUUUGCAGAAACUCUUGGCACAGGCUUCAAGCUUAAGCCAUCCCAUGAGUGGCAGUUACUUGGAGCUAGCUAACACAUUACAUUUAGCAGCCCUAGCAUCAUUAAAAACAGACAUAGUGGAUCUCAAUAAAAGACUGCAGCAUACAGAACGGGAGAGGGACUUGUUAGAAAAGAAGUUGGCAAAAUCUCAGUGUGAACAGUCUCAUCUAAUGAGGGAGCAUGAAGAAACUCAGGAAAGGGCAACUCUGCGCUAUGAAGAACGUAUCACUGAGCUUCACAGUAUAAUUGCAGAAUUAAAUAAGAAAAUUGACAGGCUUCAGGGAACAACAAUAAGAGAAGAUGAUGAAUGUUCAGAGCUGCGUUCAGAACUUAGCCACAGCCAUCAGGAGGCAAAUGAUGAUGCUCAAAGUAUAGAUCAGGAUCAAACUUCUGCCUCUGUGCCCGAGAACCAGUCAAUGAUGGUCUCUGCAGACAUAGAUAACUGUAGUGACCUCAACUCAGAGCUCCAGAGGGUAUUGACUGGGCUGGAGAAUGUAGUUUGUGGAAGGAAGAAGAGCAGUUGCAGUCUUUCAGUGGCAGAAGUGGACAGACACAUUGAACAACUAACAACUGCCAGUGAGCACUGUGACCUGGCUAUAAAGACUGUGGAGGAGAUUGAGGGAGUAUUGGGGCGUGGCUUCUAUCCGACCCUUGCUGAAGAGAGAUCUCGAUGGGAGAAGGAGUUAGCAGCUCUUCGGGAAGAAAACGAAAGCCUCACGGCAAUGCUGUGUAGCAAAGAGGAUGACCUAAACAGGACAAAGGCCACAAUGAAUGCUAUUCGUGAAGAAAGGGACCGUUUGCGAAGGAGGGUUCGGGAGCUGCAGACGCGUUUACAAAGCAUACAAGCAACUGGCCCAGUUAGUCCAAAUCGUUUGACUGCAGCCAAUCGACCAGUGAAUCCCAGUACUGGUGAGCUCAGCACCAGCAGUAGCAGCAAUGAUUUCCCUAUUGCGAAGGUGGCUGAACGAGUAAAACUGUCAAAGACCAGGUCGGAAUCUUCCUCUUCAGAUCGGCCAGUUCUGGGUUCAGAGAUCAGCAAUAUUGGAGUGUCCAGCAGUGUAGCAGAACAUCUAGCCCAUUCUUUGCAAGACUGCUCCAAUAUCCAAGAAAUCUUUCAAACUCUGUACUCUCAUGGUUCAGCUAUUUCUGAAAGCAAGAUCCGUGAAUUUGAAGUGGAAACUGAAAGGUUAAACAGUCGAAUUGAGCAUCUAAAAUCACAGAAUGAUCUCCUAACUAUAACACUGGAAGAGUGCAAAAGCAAUGCUGAAAGAAUGAGUAUGCUAGUUGGUAAAUAUGAAUCCAAUAGCACGGCGUUAAGACUUGCACUACAGUACAGUGAACAGUGCAUAGAAGCCUAUGAAUUACUGCUGGCACUGGCUGAAAGUGAGCAAGGACUCAUUCUGGGACAGUUCAAAGCUGCAGGUGUUGGAUCUGUUGGUGAUCAAAAUGGUGAGGAAAACAUAACAAUGAUGUUAAAGAGAGCACAUGACUGCAGAAAAACAGCAGAGAAUGCUGCAAAAGCACUACUGAUGAAACUUGAUGGCAGCUGUGGUGGAGCAUGUACUGUAACAGGAUGUAGUAUUCAGCCCUGGGAAAGUCUGUCUUCUCACAGCCACACCAGCACGACAAGUUCAACUGCUAGUAGCUGUGAUACAGAGUUUACAAAGGAAGAUGAACAGAGGCUUAAGGAUUACGUUCAGCAGCUUAAGAAUGACAGAGCAGCUGUCAAGUUAACUAUGCUAGAGCUAGAAAGUAUUCAUAUUGAUCCACUUAGUUAUGAUGUUAAACCUCGGGGAGAUAGUCAACGACUUGAUUUGGAGAAUGCAGUUUUAAUGCAGGAGCUCAUGGCUAUGAAGGAGGAAAUGGCAGAACUUAAAGCUCAGCUUUAUUUGAUGGAAAAAGAGAAGAAAGCACUUGAACUGAAGCUGAGCACUCGAGAAGCCCAGGAACAAGCUUACUUAGUACAUAUUGAACACUUGAAAUCGGAAGUAGAAGAACAAAAGGAACAACGCAUACAAUCUCUUAGGUCAACCAGCAGUGGAGGAAAAGAUAAACAAGUUAAAGAAUGCAGUGAUGGGGUAACUCAUUCUCUCACUGAACUCCAAACUCUCAAUGACAAUGAACUUGCAGUUGAGCUAACUAAUGCAUUAAAACGAGAGAAAAAAAUGAAAUCCCGUGUUCAGGAAUUAGUAACUGCUUUAGAACGAAUGACAAAAAGCAGUGAAGUGCGACAUCAGCAGUCUGCAGAAUUUGUUAAUGACCUCAAACGAGCAAACAGUAAUUUAGUCGCAGCCUAUGAGAAAGCAAAGAAGAAACAUCAAAAUAAAUUGAAAAAACUGGAAGCACAAAUGAUGGCAAUGGUGGAGAGACAUGAAACUCAAGUAAGAAUGCUAAAACAGAGAAUUGCAUUACUGGAGGAGGAAAACUCUAGACCUCAAACAAAUGAGACAUCACUCUAAGAAUACAUGCUGAUGGUACUGAUGAUGUGAUUCAUCAGCUCUGCCACAUCGAUGCCGAAGAUUUUAAAAAUGAGGCUGGGAAAAGUGAAAUGACACCUUUCUUCUGAUCAGUAUGAACGUAUGCAGUUCCCACAUGUAAAGCACUAGCUUAACAUUUCUUGAGGAACUAUUAUGUCAUAAGAAUAAUAGUGGUAUUGGACCAAAUAUGGGCCAUCAGUAAGUCAGUCAUUAGCUGAGCCCGCUUCAUUCCUAAAUAUAUUUACAUCUCUAAAAGAACAUGAAUUUUUAAAUACUGUCCAAAUACAGCAAAUUGACUUUUGGAAUUGCUUUACAUGUGGCUAUAUGUUACCAUUAAGUUGUAUCAAAUAGACACAAAAUUAUACAGCAAAAAAUAUAAAGUUUAAUAGAUGCUGCUGGGAGAUAAUUUUUCACCAUCAUUAAUGUUCUAUUAAGUUCAUGAAAAUUACAAAUAUGUUCUAGCAAAACUGUUUAACCAUUUUCAUAAUACGUGAGGCUGCAGUACUACCAUUGUCAAGAUAAACACCAUGUAAAUUAAUUCUUAUGGUGAAGACUGGAAUCUUAGGGUGAUGUAGGCUGUAGCAAGAUUUGUGGCAGAAUCGAGUGCAAAGUCCAGCAAGGCCCAUCUCACUCCAUCAUAUCAGUUUCCACAAGGAAUGUGGCUAGUUUCUUGCAAGGAAGCGAUCGGUUGCCAAUGAAGGGAAUUAUUGCUUAUUAAGUGUAUUGUUAAUGGUACAACUGGUUUCAUUAAUAUUUGGUUUCCUGUCUUGCCAAAUGUGCCAAACAAGCUAGAUGCCAAGAAAUUUCAGCAUGAAAAUCAAAGUGGGUAUCUGGCAAAUUCAGCUCGUCACUUGUCUCCAAAGGACUGCCAUGUUGGAAACAGGGCAUCAGCAUCUCAGGGCAUGCUCUAUGAACCGAGUACAUGCAACAUGUCUUCCAACAUUGAUAUCUGAUGUACCAGUCUCUAAGAACCCAUAUGGAACAUCUGUGAUCUACUUACAGUAUGUUUCUACCCUUAAGUACACCAACAACUAUCAUUGUAUUGCUGCAACAAGGACAUUACACACUUAAGGACAUCACCCAGCUCACGGAUUGACUCAGGCUACGUGUCUAGACUGUCUACUUGGUUAUACAGUGCUCACCCUUCAGACAUACCUGGAUAUUCACAGCAUCUUUGCCUUUUUGUGCUUUUUCCCCCUCAGCCAGAGAGACAAUCUUAUGAUCAUGCUAUCUUGUUGUGCUGUUUAAUGUGGACCCAAAGGCAUGCAAAUUUGUCAUAGUUGUCAGCAGGCCUCAAUCAAGGGGCAGUCUUCAGUCUGGGGUCUAAGCACAGUAAGUCCAAUACCAGUUCUGGGUGCUUGGAAACAGACAGCUAGUCACUCCGGCAGUCAGUGCUCGGAACCUUUGAAAAGGGAUGUGGACCCAAAUGUUAGGUAGCCCAUCACCUAUCUUAACUCUUUCUAAUUUAUUAUGGGCUAAUUUCUUCCUGGAAUGAGAAUGAGGUAGGUAUUAAAGGGGAUAAAAGUGGGUGAUAGAGCUGCUACUUUUGGUGCAGCUAGGAAGAUACCCUGACCAAGUAAUUAAGCAGUGUUGAAAGCAUGCAAGAUUAGUGGUGUGUGCCAGAAAGUGAAGUAAGAUGCUUCAGCCAUUAGUGAGAGUGGCAAAGAAUGAGCCUUUGGAGGUGAGUUCAGUAGCAGAGAUAAUGAAUGUGAGGUAUGAAGAGAAGAUAGUGGCAGUUACACUGGUGGGGUGGAGAAGAUCACUGACCUCCUUUCUACAUUGCUGUGAAUUCCUCCAGAUGGUUGAGUUUGUUUUAACCCAAUAAUCUUGGACAUAUUCUGGCAUAGUCUUGUGAUGUGGCCAUAAACGCUGGCUCUUAAGGAAGAGGGAAAAAUACGUAUGUCACUUCUGCCAGCAGGACCUCCAGGUCCCUACUGAUAACGUGGGGUUACAAUUUCUAUCUGCUGUGUCCAGGACAAAUCAGGAACCAUGCUGGGUAGCUCUGGACUGACAAUAAGUGUCCAGGUGCGGAAUGGCUUUUUGCAGGCACACGAUUUACCAGUGAAUUCUGGAAUAUCUGCUGACUUGCCCAUUGUUUCUGGUAAUAGCAUGUGCUGACUUGGAGCUGGAAUCAGAUUUAAGGAAUGCCAUGGACAUGGGUAGUUAACAUGAGUUUACUAAGAUGCAGUCAUAAAACCCGCUAGGUCUUAUGAUGAAAACCUCAAGAACUUGAUGUAACUCAGAAUUGAGCAAACCAAAAAUGGAAAAUUCAGCCCAAGGUGUUUCAUGUAAUACUGAUGUAGAACCAGGGAAGAAAUAACUGGAAAAAAUGUCUGUGAUCUCUCUGGACUACAUUUAUAUUUAGUAAAUCAAUGUUUUGUAUGAAUACUAAAGUACUGUAUCCCACCCACAAUUUAAAAUCAACCAGUCCAUAUUAACUGCCUACAGAAUGGGAACUACUUUGUGGUUAAAAAGACAAAUAGAAUUGUUCAUGACUCUUCAAUUAAUCAUUUUGCUAGAAUGGUACCAGUUACCAUAGCAGGUGGUAUUGGGUUUGGGUAUUCAUUUUCUGAACCAAAAUAAUCUGAUAUUGUUGAACGUUAAGCAAUUAGUAGCUGAUCACAUUGAUUUUAUUUGUACCAAAUUCUGUAAUUACUGAUUUAAUUUGCUAAUUCUUCAUAUUCUGGCUAAAUAAUCACAGAAAUGGAAACCCAAACGUUAUAGGAAAAUUGUAGUGUACAUCAACAUGGCCCUUCUUUCCAACUUUUUAAUCAUGUAAUUUUCAAUUAGCUAUAGUAAAAUCACUUCCACAUUGACAAGUGGAUCUGUCAAACACUAUUGACAUUAUUUUUAAGGUGUUUUUGGAGAAUUUGCAUCGUAUUGUUAAAGGAUGUAGGAGUUAAAGCUCCAGAAAUUAAAACUUGUACUCUGAUUUGGGAAUUUUGAAUUCAAGUAAACUAAAAGUUCAGGUAUUUAUUUCGUAAGAUACAUUCUUUUGUUUAGUCCCAGAAACUAAUAUUGCAAAAGGUUUUGAAGACUCCAUUAUACAUUUUGGCAUUGAUAUUUUCUGCAGGUUUCUAUUAUCUCCAUUAAUGGAAACAUAUUAUUUGUGAAUUGAUGUGCAGUAGUUCAAGAAAUAAGCUCCCCAACAUCAUCUCAGGGGCAGUAAGACUGGGUAAUUAAUGCUGGCGAAAUGCAGUCAUAGUUGUACAGAAGUAAUGAUUAUACAAAUUUCAAAUGAUAGAGAAAAAUCGCUUAGUUAAAUUUAUUCAAACCAAGUGCUGCCCGCACUGGAAAGUCUCCUCAGUGGACCUUCCUUAUUUUAAUAUCUUUGAGAAACUGAGAUCCACAUAUAAACUUUACAUCAAUCAGGAUAUUAGAGAUGAUCACACAAAAUAAAGCCAUAAUUAUCUAGUCUCUUUGACCUUGCCAUAUCUGGAUGGACAGUCAUUUCUAUUCUGACUAUUAUAAUGUAAUCCCACUGCUCUUAGUUUGCAAUAGAUCAAAAUCUGCUAAGCUUCUAAAGGCCUUCCAAAGAAAGAAAACUGUUCUGGUAAUUAUGAUUUUUGAUUUUGAGUCUGCGAGCUCCUUGUAUAAUUGUAAUACCCUAUUUAAUAAAGAAGGAACUUGUGCUUUAUUAUAGCUUUCAUGAUCUCACAAUAUCCAAAACGCUUUAUCACCAAUAAAAUAUAUUGGAAGGGAAUACCAAUCCAAUUUAUGCUCAGCAAGUUGCCACAAACAGCAAUCAUGUAAAUAGUUACAUAAUCUGCUUCAAGUGCCGUAGAAGGGAUGAAUGGAUUAAGAUGAUUAUUUGCCUUUGCUUUGUAUUAUUAUUGUUGUUAAGUUUAUUUUUAAAAUUGAAACACUAAAAAUGGAAAAGAAAUUAAGUGAAUAUUGCUGUCACAUGAAGCAGUUCAUCGAAUUCUCUACUUUGAAGCCAACAUUUGACCGUUCUUCAGCAAAACUAAAUCAAAAAUAACAUUAAUACAUCACUUUUCUAGCAAUUGUAACUGAUCACUAGACAAAUGGCUACUGUACUGUAGAGGCCUGCUGCAAAAGAUAUACCCACGGCAAAUUAGUGUUUAUACCCUGAUGUUAAGACCGGCUGGUCCUAUCACCAUCUAUUCAAAUACAAUUUUGAAUAAGUUAACAUUCACAAAUAAGUGUGAAUUUUCAACUGCGCUUUUUUAUAAGUAUAGUAAUUUCUUUUAAAAACAAGAUAUCCUGAAGACCCUAUUUUCUAUAUCAAACGCAAGCAUAUGUCUAUUUUCUCUUGAGAGGAAUAAAGAUCUGAGAAUGUCUUAUUUGUCCUGUCUUUACAAUAAACAUGUAUUUGUGCAUAAGUUUAAGACAAUGUUACAACUAUUGUAAGGAAAGUGUUAGUUUAUUUCGCAAACCUUAUAAUAGAUGUUCUUGUAGUCAGAAGGAUUAAAGCUUAUAGGAUAUAAUUAUUAGGGUGUCCUGGCCCAAAGAAUUACUUAUAACAGGUGCUCACAGAAUAUACUUUGUUUGAUUAAAGAUGGAUACAUAUAACCACAUGUUUCAGUUCUGCUUUCAUUUUAGUAACUGUCCAGUACGUUCCAAAGAGUUUGAAUGUUGUGUUUUUUUACACACAAUUAUUUAAAAUAUUUGUAAAUUACUGCAAAAGCAACUUUUCUUAAUUUAUCAUUUAAAAGUAGUAUGUGGUAAAAUAACAGGAGAAUUAUUUAUUUCCCUGAGCAUGAUUCAUAUAUAUAUGUCACUUAAUUUUCACAUGUAAUAUAGAAGACAGGAGCUCCUAUUCAUAGUAUAAUGUAGAUAUUCUGAGAGCCACUAGAAGGAACAUAUCGUUUGACUGAAAUAGGAAAGAGAAUCUUGAAUACUAAAGGAAAUUCAUUCUGAAAUGAGUUUAUGAAUUGAAUAUGGCUAUCUUCAUCAAAGUGGCAUUUCAAAACUUAGCAUCUCUCCCCAGUUUAUCUCUGAUCAAAGUUAAAAUCAUGAAACAAGAAAAAUGGAUGACUUUGAGAAUCACAAGUAAGUUGAUAUGCAUUUCUCUUUGGGCCGUGUGUACAGUAUUAUGUGUUUAGGAUUAUGUCUAGUCAGUCGAAUACCACUUCGCUUUAUUGAACCCUGUGUUGUAAAGUUGUGAAGGAUUUUCUUUGGAAGGGGGUAUGCGGGGAGGGGAAGAAAAUUCUGAAUGUGGAACCUGGACAGAUAAUAUGAGGAAUGUCACAAGCCAGGAUGUUAAAUAUAUGACAGCACUAUUGACUUACCUUCUCACUUACAGUAACUUGCACAGCUGUUUUUAACAAGAUUUUUGGAUUAUAUUUACAUGUAAAAUUUCCAAAUGGCUAGUGCCUAAAUCAUAUUAAGUUGUUCCAGAUCGGCCUGAUUUGAUUUCUGAGAACUUAAAUACCUCUUAUCUUUUGAGGGUUAUGAUUUGUAUAUCCUCCUAUUUAAGUUUGUAACUGUUUGACUUUAUAGUUUUCCUAGUUGCUGUAAAAUGUAAAACAAUUUGUUUUAUAAAAAAUUGUACAAACUCUGCAUUUAUUUAUA